AUGUUGACAUCUAAUGCUAAUAGGAGAGAGGACGAAGAAUCCACAAAAGAGGUGGUCUGGAAUUGCACCGACUAUAACGCUGACAAGUUGCCUGAAGGGAAGUUAAGGAAGUUAAGCACUAAAGGAGUUGAUUCAACUGCCCCAGAUUUUUCGGAGGUUCAAACACUUGAAGAUGGUGUUGUUGUUCCCCUAGGAAAGCCAAAAGAGCAACGGGGCCCCAAGGGUUCUUUACUGUACAACGAGUACAUAGUUUACAACGUGGAUCAGAUUAGAAUGCGCUACAUCAUUCAACACAAUAUUGAUCAGAUUCAGCUCGAAUCGUUUAACAACUCUGGUCCUUUGCAAGUUCCUACAGCUGUGCCAUGA